AGCUGUUUCAACCUCGAGAACUAACGCUUAUUUCUUUGUCAAAUUCUCUUGCGAUAGGUUCUGAAUGGUCGUGAAACGCUCUUGGGUUGUUACUCUGCGAUCUCCGGAGUUCACACGAGGCUUCGUGAGCUGUGGUCGCGGUCGCUCACCAUGGAGGACCGCAGACCGGAAGUGCUGGUCGUCUCCAUUGUCUUCUUCGUCAUCGCCUCUGUCUUUGUGGCACUGCGCUUCGUCUCGCGGGUUUUCAUCGUUAAGAGAGUCGGACUACAUGACUAUUUGAUGCUGUUGGCAUGGGUCAUCGAUUUUGGCUUCUCAUUCUCCCUCUUCUAUGCCACGAGCAAAGGUCUGGGCCUCCAUGAUGACGACAUAGCGCUUAGUGACCGGUACAGCCUCAAUCGAGCCAAUUAUGCAUUCACUGUGCUAUAUAACCCCGCGUUGAUGGCGGUCAAAACCUCCAUCUUAGUCUUCUACCUCACUCUAACCCAAGGGGAAAGGGUGUUCCGUUGCGCAAAUUAUGUGACUCUUUUCGUCGUAAAUGCCGCCGGAUUGGCGCUCACACUGGUCAACGUCUUUCAAUGUCGUCCCGUUGGGGCGGCCUUUUCCUAUCCCCUGGCUCCGAAUGCGCACUGUACCGAUAUCCUCACUCUAUACCUUUCUUCCUCUCCGGUGAACAUCAUUACCGACCUAGCCAUUCUCUUCUUGCCGAACCCCAUCUUAACUCAAAUGCGUCUUCCGCGGAAACAGAAAAUCAUUCUUGUCAUCACCUUUAGUUUUGGUUUCUUCGUUGCAGUAGUUGAUGUUAUCCGCAUUGCCUACCUUCAAAAUGCUGCUACAUCGCGCCAAAUGUUACUGAGAGAGAUCCACCUGCAGGACGCUAGCGGUGACGACCUAAAUUGGUAUGCUUCUCUUUCGUUCAUGUGGUCGGUGGUUGAGGUCAACGUGUCCGUCAUGUGCGCCUGUGUGCCUAGUCUCAAGCCUCUUGUAGCGCGAAUCAUCCCAAAGAUGAUUCGGGACACGGACGAUAGCACGACCGUGCCAGAUGCCCCCACGGUUGGGCCCCUGGAUAUCCCGGAUAUUCCAGAUGUUGCUGAGCCUGCGCCACUUCCAACUCUCCCAGGUCCCAACAUGCGACGACGCUCGCAGUCCGCUAACCACAAUAAAACCUCUCCCUCAGCCAGUGGCAGCAGUGCCAGUCGGAGAGAAGCGGACGGUUCAGUAGAUCUCAGAGAGUUCCUGAUGGCCAGUGACCCGCCUCAAGAUGCGGAAGCGAAUACAACCGUCACCACCUCGUACCUGCCUAGUAUCACCUUUUUCGACUUUGUCAACAUGAAGAAGCCGGCGAAUAUGCUGAAGCUAAGCAAUAAGGAAUCCAUCGCGCCGAUCUCCCUAACCACGAUCUUGUUUUUCUUGUGGGGAUUCGCUUACGGGUUGCUGGAUAUUCUCAACAGUCAGUUCCAGGAAAUUGUUCGUUUAGAUUCCUGGCGAUCGUUGGGCCUGAACGCUGUUUACUUCGGGGGGUAUUUCAUAGGCCCACCGCUGGUGGGCCGCACGGUGCUGAAACAUUGGGGGUUCAAAUCGACUUUCAUCACAGGCCUGUGUAUUUACGGUUGCGGCACUUUGAUAUUUUGGCCCUCGGCUGUCCUGACUUCGUAUUCUGCCUUCCUCGUCUCUAACUUCAUCGUCGGCUUUGGAUUGGCAGUAUUGGAAACCGCUGCCAACCCAUUCAUAGCGCUGUGCGUCCAAGCGGUAGGAAGCGUAGUUUCGCCGCUGUUAGCGAAGAAAGUCCUUUUCAAAAAGGUAACCGACGUUUCUUCUCUGGUUGAUGUUCAAUGGACGUAUCUUGGCAUUGCGUUGUUUGACGUGCUUCUGGCUGUGGCUUUUUAUUACCUACCAAUUCCAGAGGCGUCAGAUGAGGAUCUUCAAGAGCUAGCAAACCGGCGUCGGAGCGACAACAUGACCCUAGUCGCCGGGAUUCCGGUGGUCUGGUUGACCCUAGGACUUGGGGUGUUUUCACAAUUCUUCUACGUCGCCGGACAGGAAAUAAUCUCGCAAAGCUUCACUGUUUUCGUCGAAGAUGCUUACCCCAAUUCACGCCUUAGUUCCUUCGAUUAUCUGACCAUCGCCCAUUCUAUCUUUGCGGUUGGUCGUUUCCUUGCCGCUUUUCUGCAAUGGUUCUUAAAGCCACGGUGGAUUCUGCUUAUAUCGUACAUUGGAAUGAUAGUAUUCUCCAUACUAUGCAUGAAAACGACGGGAAUUGCGGCGGUUACCAUGGCUCUCAUGGUCUACCUUUUUGAAAGUGGUGCAUUUAGCAUUAUAUUCGCCAUCUCUCUCCGCGGCACAGGCCAACACACAAAGACCGCUGCAACGCUUCUGACGACGGCGAUUAGCGGAGGUGCUUGCUUUCCGUUCGCACAACAUGCAGCCAGCCUCGCUGGGGGCAUGUCAUUCUCGUACAGUGUCCUCGUUGCUGUCUUCUGCGCUGGUGCCAUCUUUCCAGUGUACUUGAACCUAGUCCCUGCUGCAAAGAAGCAGGUUGACCCAGUACCAAACGAACACCUCCGCCGCCCACGUCGCCACCGCUCUAGGCCCAAUAUUGUCCAGCGCGAGAAGGAAAACCCUUCUGUGGGCGGAGUCUAUUCACGACGGCGAAGCGUCCUGUCGGACCUGCUGCCCGCGGUCACCCUUUCUGACCAAUCGUCAUCUCAGCCCGAUCUGGCUAAUAAUGGGCGACGCCGUUCAGCUGGCCACGGCGGCCUUCAACAUGACUUGGCCCCCUGGCCCGAAUCGUAA